GCGACGAUUCCGAAAUUGGUCGCGACAUUAACAAUCAUCAAUUUUCACCUAAUUACACUAAUAAUAAUUUUUCCGAAAUGUUGACAAGAAGAAACAUCAAAGGCACCAACAACAACAGUCCAACAAAAUUGAAGAAAGAGGGAUAUGACCCCAUACCUUUCGACACCAUUGAUCUAGAUGAGAACGGAAAAAUGUACAAACCACUACGACAUCACGGGAAUAAGUACCUCGCGUUUUGGUAUCAAUAUCAAGAAUACCUUCUUCCUUUAAUCAUCACGUUUGUUUCGUUUUGGACAAGACUUUAUUUAAUCUCACUUUCUAAUUAUGUCGUAUGGGAUGAGGCAAGCACAUUUCGGCAAGGUAAAAUCCUCGUUUGUUGCAUUCGCCCUAAACUUUUCGUUUCCACGAAUAACACAGAAUUUGAAAUCAAAUCAAAUCAGUUUGGCUCGCAUUAUCUCAAACGCGAAUUCUACUUUGACGUGCAUCCACCACUCGGGAAAAUGAUUGUCGGUCUUGCAG